CUUGUUUCCUCGGCUCCACAUUGGAGUUCGGCAUGUCUGGGGCAGGUUGAUGUGCUUGGCAACAACGACAGCUGGUUCGGAAUGCAAGACUGAAGACUGCCGCUUUCGGUUCGUGUGGUCGAAGUUGAGAGAGAAGGUGUGCGUGCGUGGUGAUGUACGUAUAGUACAAUGCAGUAUGCUGGCCCAUUCUUCGGGCAGAUGGUGCUGUCUCCAGGGUUCUCCCGAGCAUUGCUCAGUGGUGAAAAUCACUGCCACGGCCCCACUGUUUCUCAUCUAAUGUGCUAAGAUUUCUGCUGUUGACUCCGAGGUCGUUGGAGGCAGUGCCAGUACAUAAGGUACCUUCAGUUGCCUGCGAAUGCCUCCCACCACUACCUCAUCACAGUCCCGACAUUGAGACCAGCCAUGGCGUCUCUCACCCUGCUUCUUCUGUCGUAUCUACCGCUCGUCUUCGCUUCUAUCACGGUCUGGGACCCCAGCGAUUCGGCUGAUGUGACGGCCGAUGCUGUAGACAACACACUGGUAGCCGACUACACCACCGACAACGGCGGCGCGCAGUACCUGAUCUACAACAUCACCGGACCAUAUUACUACUCCGGAGAGGAUGUUGAGCUGGCGCAUGUGACUAUAACGGUCGACGCCAAUGAUACCAGCGUUCUCGUCGGCACGGAGGGUGCAGUCGUGAACCUCUCCUACAGCGAUGUGAUCAAGUAUGGCUACAGCACAUGGCUGAACCAGGCCAGUUUCUUCGGCGUCAACGCGGCAAUCAACAUCGCCAACCAGUCGACCGCGUACAUCGACCACGCCAAUGUGACUGUCCAUAAUGGUGCUGCCAACAUCUAUGCUUACGGCACUGGCACCACCGUUUAUGUCAACGACACCGACCUCUACAGCUCCGGACCGGUGUCGCAUGGCUUAUACGCCGGCGGAAAUGGCACCUUUGUGGCCAAUAACGUCCGCCACUUCUCGGGCGGCGAGCGCAGCUCUGCAUUCUCCGGAGACAGUCCAGCCGGAUACCUGUACAUCACCGACGCCAUCGCCCACACAGCUGGCAUCGGAAGCGCCAUCUUCUACUCGCUGGGGGAGACCUAUGGCACCAACGUGAUCGGACACGCCGAGAACGCUCCGAGCCUGUUCUCCGAUGGGGUGCAGAAAUCGGUCUUCACCAACGUCGACCUCACAGCGGGCUUGCUGGCCGGCACCAUCCUCUUCUCCUCUUCGUCACGCAGCAGUGGCGCUUCGCUCAGCUUCACCAAUUCCAGGUUGACCACUCUUGGGGCCGACAUGCCCGCGUUGUGGUUCGGCAAUAUCAUCGCCGAGGCCGAACUGGUCGCCACCACCCUGAAUACCGCUUCCGGUAUUCUGGUUCUGGCCAACACCUCGCAGGUGACUCAGGCGUUCGACCAUUUUGCCGGGUACGAAGAGAAUUCCAACAUCCAGCCGGCUGAGGUGGCCGUGACCGUGUCGGAGUCGACUCUGACAGGUGACAUCGUCGCGUACAAUAACAGUCUCAUUGCUUGGAGCCUGACCGGAUACUCCAGCUGGACCGGGGCCGCUGUGUCUGGUCGCGGCAAAGGGAUCUUGGGCGUCUCGCUCGAUGCCACUUCGAACUGGACUCUGUCUCAGAGUGUCUAUUUGCAGAACUUCACCGACGCAGAUCCCUCCUUCAAUAAUGUCAUCAGCCAGGGGUACAAUAUCUACUACAAUAAGUCGUCCUCGGCCAACUCGUGGCUCGGGUCGGCCAAUGCUUCUUUGCCAGGUGGCGGAAGGUUGAUCGCGUACUAGGCAAAUCCUACGGCACGGAUGACUUGGCGACUGCUGUUUGAGGGUUUUGGUGUCGCUAUUUCCGGUCACGAUCAUGAUGUGGAAGGGUGAACUGCUAUGGACCAGAAGACCACCGGUCGGAUUUAUCUGGAGGGGCGAGAGAAGAAGGGAAUUGUGAAUACCUGCAUGAUGUUGAGCGACUGACCCGUUUCUCUCUCUACUUGGCCAUGAGAUUCCUGGUUGACGCUGAUCUUCUCAAUAGCAAUGUUCAGAGUAACCCGUUAGCGGAGACCCGACUUGAAGGAACGGCACAUAGUCAAUCAAAGCAAUUAGGCGCAGAAACACGAUCGCCGUAGGGUAGUACUUCAUCUGCUGCUACAUU